AUGUCCUCCAGGGAUAAAUGGGUUCGGCGAUUUUCAGUGGAUGAAACUGCUAAACAUAAAAAUGGUUUUACUAUUUACAAAAUCACAUCUGUUCUUUUUCCUAUUGACUCACCUGAGGCAGUAACAGUUGUUUCAGUAUGGAAGAGAUAUAGUGAUAUUCAACAUUUACACAAGAGCAUGAAAACCUUACAUUCUGGCUUAUAUCUCCGAGGCACAUUCCCUCCACUCGCUAAGAGCAGCUACUUCAAACGCUUUCAACAGGAAGUUAUAGAAGAAAGAGCUAAAUCAAUAAAGAAUUUACUAGAAUUUGUGGCAGAACACAAACUACUAUUUACCAGCACAGAAUUUGUCAAUUUCCUCCAGUCUGGCUACCCGGAUCCUGAACCCAAGGGUGUUAUAAAUGCUAUUAGGUCUUCACUGCAGUUACCCAUUGAAGAAACACCUCCCUUGGAGUAUCCAAUGUCUGAUGAUGAUUCUAGAAGCCCAGAGACACAAAACAUCAUAUCACAUGUGAAUCCAAGUCCAGCGCACUCAAACAUACCAACAGAUAUCUCACAAAUACCAAUAUAUGAGCCUGCUGAUGUAGAACUCCGUGAAUCUAGUCAUAGAAUCGAUUCGACAUCCAACAGUUUUGAGUCUUUGAGUUCCCUAGACAGUAUUGACAGUGCUCUAUUUGAAGAGUUGUGCAAGGUUACAGUUAAGUCGAAACCGUUUGUGAAGAAAGUGUUGCCCGAUUUGAUUAACUUUGAUGCGCCGUCUACUUCCUUCGACGAUUAUCACACUAUGAGUCGAGACCAAUCGAGUUUCGAUAAAAUAUCUAUUAAUUCGUCAUCGAUUUCUGCGGAUAUUGUUGAUGGAUGUCGCAAUUUGGAUACAUCUACUGAUAUAAGUAGCAAACUUUUAUCAUAUAAGGAAUCUUCAAUUAGGAAUUUUGAUACGUCAUCGUUAAGAUCGACUACCAGCGAUGCGACACGCCGAAGUUCCUCAUUUAGUGUUCUGUCUCUGUCUAAUGUUGAAUGCAAGACAAAAACGGAGGAUAGUUAUGUUUUCGAAGCUGGUUAUCUGCUGAAUUUGGCCACUCGUUGUGAGGACGUAGGGGACUUCCAAAGAGCCUUUGAGUGCUAUAAAUCUGGAAUUGAGAAAAUGCUCAUUGGAGUGCAAACCGAUUCCAACCCCGAACGACGAGCGCUAGUAAAGGACAAAACCAACAAGUACUUGUCUUACGCUGAGGAAAUAUACAAGAAUCACCUCAGCGGUACUGAGCAGAGGCUGUUGCCGGAGACAGAGGCAGCUACACCCAAAUCUGUUCACAGUGGGAUUCCGUUAUCGAUGCUUCGACGUCCUUACGAAGAACUAGGCAUGUACCGCGUGCUUGCUGUACUAGGAAAUACUAUUAUGCUUGUCAUGCACAAGACCGAGCAGACUUGCUAUGCUAUGAAGGUCAUCCAGAAAGUGCCCCACAACCUCACCGAGUUCGACAACUACUUCCAAAGAACCAACGACACGAGAGAGCCAAUUCUACCCACACUCAUACCGUACAUGGUCCCGCUCCACUCAUACAUUGACACAUCCAACCUGAUCUUCCUCAUUCUCUCGUAUGCACCCGGCCAAAAGCUAUUCGAUUAUAUCAAGAGCUACGCCAAAUCGAUUCCUAACACUCCCCGACGCGUUAACCUUGAAAAUGUAUUUCCUAAAGAAGUCGAUUCUCUGAAUAACAAAGAAUCGAUACAAUCGAUUAAUAAUAAUCGCAACGAGGAAUUCUCUGUGUCGGAACUAGUCGUGAAUUCGCAGAAGCUUCUGCAGGACGUAGACAGGGCGUUGACUGAGAAUGAUAGUGACGUGCGGAACGAUAAUAGUGAUGUGCCCAGCCCGAGUGUUAAGGUCGUAAAUAUACCUAAAGACGUCCUACCGCCGUCUACGAUAUGCAAGUGGGGUGCCGAGAUACUCACCGCUUUGGAGAGUUUGCACAACGCAGGAGUCAUUUGUAGAGACCUGCAUCCAUCGAACAUUCUCAUCUCAGAGGGAGGUCAAAUCGUCCUCACGUACUUUAUCCACCACUCCGGGCUGGACAUGGCGUUGUCCAAGCUGCGUCGGUCUCCGUGGAGUAUCUACAUAGCCCCGGAGCUGUACACGCGAGUCUAUUUGGAAGAAGCGGAUAAUUUGGAAAACGUUUGCGAUUUUUGGAGUUUUGGAGCGAUUAUGUAUGAGCUGAUUUGUGGAGUUCCCUUGUCCCACUACCACCGAUCACCGUUCACCAGCCACACGAUUCUUCAGGUGCCGGAGGAUGUCAGUGUGGAAGCCGAAUCUCUCCUCACUCAAUUGCUGACGUACGAACCCUCUGAACGGCUGGGCGGCGGCAAGGACGGCAUCAACGAGAUCAAAGAACAUCCCUACUUCAAGCACAUCGAUUGGCAACACGUGUACAACACUUGGAUUGUCCCGGAUUGA